AUGAAUAUAGAUAUAGAGGAGGAGAUUAGUAAUGGAAAUUAUGUCGAAAUUAAUAAUACGGAAGUUGUAAUUUUUAGAUAUUUCUCCAUGGUCUUAUAUGUUUUGUUAUUUUUUUGUAUCUUGUCGUUUAUCCUGAUGUGUGUAUAUUACUUUCGAACACCUUGUGAAUCAUGCGACGUUUUUAAUAGGAUUCUUGUUAUAGCUAUAUUAAUAAAAAGUAUAGCGCAUUUAAAAAUUACAAUAAUAAGGAUAAAGCUUAGACAUGAAAUUGAUAACGAUGAACGAUUAAAAAAUAUUAUGAUUUCUUUAAUAAAGUUAUUUAAUUUUUUAACUUUUUUUUUAUCAUUAUUAUCUUUAUAUUUACUUCACUUUUAUAAAAAUAUAUGUACUACGAAUACAAUAUCAUUAAAAAUUAUAAGAAUAUAUUAUUAUUUUACCAUCACACUAUAUUUUAUACCUCUAUUAUUUUAUAUAUCGCUAGGAUUAUUUUUAUCCAUUAUAAUUUGUAUUAUGAUAAAUUUCUCUGUAGAUGAAACGGAUAGAAUUCCUACACCUGAAUAUAUUAUUAAGAAAUUAAAAGUUAUGAGAUAUGAGGAUAUAAAUUAUAUAGAUAAGAAACGAAAUAAAAAUGGUAAAUCAGGUAUCAAAACAUUUAUAAAGAAACCAUCCUUUGAACUAAUCUUAGAUAAAGUAAAAAGUGUUAUCAUAGACAAAGACAAUAGCUCAAAUCAUAAAACACAAAACAACAAAAAUAAAAUUAUAAAAUGUAAAGAAGAUAAAAAGAAAAAAAAAAAAAAAGAACUACAAUAUAUAAAAGGAAAAGAAUUAAGUGAUAUUAUAAAUUCAAAUAUAACAGAUGAAAAUUUACAAGAUAUGUUAAAGCCAUUAAAUUCAUUACCUUCUGACGAUAAUAAAAAACAUAAUACAUUUGAAAAAAAAAUCGAUAAUAUUGGAUAUAACAAUGUUACAAAUUAUCAUCAUCAAAAUAAUGAUAACGAUGAUGAUAUUAUUAUUAGUAGUGAUAAAGAUAUUUCAAAUGAAAGUCAAGAUGAUACAAAUAAUUAUAUUGAUCAUGAUAAACAAAAAAUAUAUAAUAAAAAUGAUGAUGUCUGCUCUAUAUGUAUGAUGAAUUAUAUUAACAAAGAUGAUGUUAUGAUCAUGCCUUGUGAUAAAAGACACUUUUUUCACGUCAAAUGCUUAACCAAAUGGUUGUAUAAAAGUCAGGUAUGUCCUAUAUGUAGAACUAAUAUUGUCAAUUGUAUUAAUUCAAAAAAUGAAAUCGUAUGA